AAAACUUCGAUUCUUUUCGUCCAGAGAUGUCCUCACUGACGUCGUUGUCUUCAUAAGUCGGGCUACGUCGUACGAGGCGGGGGAACGUCAAAUACCCAACCAGCCCACAGGGAAAUUGAUGUUGUUCUCCGUGACUUUGUACGCGCUGUUCUGAGUCACUUACCUACACUCGUUAACCAUUUGUUUGGCCUCGAUCACUGCGUGAAAGCGUCAACUUGAGCUCACCAAAUCAAUACUCUUUAUUCGCAAUUGCAUCAUGCCAUCUCCACUCGUUUCAACCCUCUCAGGGGCUCUCCUGCUACUGGGCCACUUCCCCAAUGUCGUCGCGGAACUUGAUAUCAGCAGCUCAGACAGCAUCAAGGAGUCAUCACGGUCUCUUGCUAAGGACCUUAUGACAUUCUACAAAGGCGACGAGCCUGGACAGACUCCGGGUAUACUUCCGUGGUCGUCCGAGGAUAUCAACAAAUACUGGUGGUACUUGAGUAGCAGCUUCUUCGCCACCUAUCUCGACUACUGGCAUUUGACAGGAGACGACAGCUACGCGGCUACAGUCAGCAAAGCACUACAGUUCCAGGUUGGACCCGAAAACGAUUACAUGCCUCCCAAUCAGACAGCUACCCUUGGAAAUGAGGAUCAGUGUUUCUGGGGCACGGCUGCUCUUAUGGCUGCCGAGUAUGGGUUCCCCGAGGUGGAUGGAAAAGCGAAGUGGAUCGACCUUGCGAAGAAUGUGUGGACGACUCAAGCAUCGCCUGAUCGCUAUGAUGAGACCUGCAAUGGUGGCCUUCGCUGGCAGAUUCCUUUUUCCAAUAAUGGAUAUGAAUGGAAGCAUACGGCUUCCAAUGCGUGUUUCUUCAAUUUAGGAGCCCGGCUUGCUCGGUUCACUGGCAACACAACUUACUCGGACUACUCUGACAAGAGAUGGGACUGGCUCACUGGAGUUGGUUUCGUUGACACUAGUAACUGGAAGGUGUACGACGGGGCACUUGCAGAGAGCAACUGUACCCAAAUCGGGAAGGCUCAAUGGUCUUAUACACCAGCCAUGCUCAUUCAGGGCGCAGCCUUCAUGUAUAACAACACAAACGGCUCCGAAAUCUGGCGUGACCGUGCCGUGGGACUCUCUGACGCUCUGUUGAAAGACUUUUUCCCUGAAGGCGUCAUUUUCGAAUCGGCUUGCGAGCCAGCUGAGGGUCGCUGUCCCACCGACGCUCUUUUCUACAAAGGAUACGUGCACCGGUGGCUCUCUUCGGCCACUCAACUCGCCCCUUUCUUGGCAGACACAUGGCUUCCGGUCCUGAAAACUUCCGCUGAAGCUGCGGUCAAGCAGUGUGAGCCCGGAAACUCGGGGAUCAACAAUCGCUGCGGCUUCUAUUGGACCAGUGGCAAAUUUGUCGACCCUAUGACAGCCGAUAACACUACGGGUAUUGGUGAAGGGUUGAGCGUUCUGGCUGCAGUCUCCAAUCUGCUCAUCAAGGAUGCCAAGGCACCGAUUGUUGACGCUGCUAGAAGUGGCGGAAGCUCUGGCAACUCUCCUAGCGGCACGACCGGGGGGUCUUCGCCGACUUCGACUACCUCGACGACGGCUACGCCAGGAUCAGGAGCUGGGCAACUUGGAAUGGAUUUCAAAGUUUCUUUCCUCCUCCCAUCAUUCAUGCUUCUGGCUUGGCAUCUCUGAUUUCAGGUGUCGGACUCAGGGCUCAAA